AUGCCGCGUGAACGAAAACGGACAACAGACAAAGCUAAAUGGACUCAAGGGGAGUUGCAAGCGGCUUUAACAGAAGUUGCUGAAGGGAAAUCAGUUAACAGUGUCGCCCUAAAAUAUCAAAUACCUCGAUCUACACUUCGAGACAGAUUAAAAAACAACAAAACUUCUAGCCCCAGCAUGGGUAGACAUUCAUGUUUCAGCCAGGAACAAGAAGCAGAACUCGCUAAAAGAGUCAUUGGAUUUGCUAAUCUGUUCUAUGGAAUUACUAUUACAGAUUUAAGAAGAUUAGCUUAUGAUUUGGCCGAGGAACUACAAAUUAAGCACUCGUUCAACCGAGAAAAAAGAAUGGCAGGGGAAGACUGGGUAUCAGGAUUUCGACGUAGAAAUCCACAAAUUUCACUGCGCAAACCAUCAGCAACAAGCAUCAGCAGAGUGACAGGGUUUAACAAACAGGAAGUCGACCUAUUUUUCAAAAACUUAAACACUGUUAUGGAUAAAUAUCACUUUGAACCUUCAAGAAUCUACAAUAUGGAUGAGACUGGUAUUUCCUCAGUCCAAAAACCAGGCCAUAUUUUAGGGCCUAAAGGCCAAAAACAGGUUGGAGGAGCGACCAGCUGGGAGAGAGGUCGUAACAUUACAGCUGUUUGUGCUAUGAGUGCGUCGGGGCAGUAUAUACCCCCAAUGUUUAUUUUUCCCAGAAAGAGGAUGACGCCCUUACUUGAGAGAGGUGGUCCAGCAGGUGCACUGUAUACAUGCUCUCACAACGGAUGGACAAAUGAGGAGCUUUUUCUUGACUGGCUUAAACAUUUUAAAAAGUUUGUUAAGCCAUCAGAACAGGAGCCAAUUCUCCUGGUACUCGACAAUCACGGGAGCCACAUAUCCCUGGAUUCAUACGAAUUUUGUCGCACAAACCACAUUCACAUGAUAUCAAUCCCACCACACACUUCUCACAAGAUUCAACCUCUUGAUGUUACAUUUUUUGGCCCCCUGAAAAGUUCUUUUAAUAGAGAAUGUGACAAAUUCAUGCGAUCACAUGUCCACAGGAAAAUAACACCAUACGACAUUCCUGAGAUUUUCAAUGCUGCAUAUAUGACUGUGGCAACUAUUGAAAAAGGUGUUUCUGGGUUUGCAAGCACUGGAAUUUUCCCAACAAAUGCCGACAAAUUCAAAGAUGAGGACUUUGCACCAGCUCAGUCCAUGCAACCUUUGGUGAUUGAUGAACAAGAGGAUGAAGAAGUCAAUCGUUCCAGCACAGACAACGUGUCAGCAGAUGUUCGUCACGACUUAAAUAGCCCUGCAUUGAGAACAUGCCAACAGAAGACACAAGACACAGCAUUGGUAAAUGAGGAGCUUCGUGUUAACGCUGCAGAUGGACUGCCUGGGGUUCCUGGCUGCUCUGGAACGGGUCAUGAUGAGAAUAGAUUUUCUCAAAUUUUAGAUAAACUGUCACCACUUCCCAAAGCAGCUGUUUACCAAGUUAAGGAAAACUCAAAGAGAAAAGGUCACUCAGCUGUUCUCACUUCAACUCCGAUGAAAGCUGUACUUGAAGAAAGUGAAGCGAAAAGAAUUGAAAAAAAAUUCAAGAAAAAGUUAACUGCCAAAAAAGCAGCGAUCAAACUCUUGGAAAGUAGUGAAAAAGCGGUGUCAAAAAUACAACCAAAAAAGAAGAAAACUGUGGCAAAAAAAUACAACAAAAGUGCUGUCCCAGCUAAGAAACCAAAAAAAUUGUCUUUUAGCCGUAGAAUUAAAUUUGAAGAUUCUUCAAGUGAUGACAACAUGGAUUUGGAUGAAAAAGAAUUAUGUGAUGAUAAUGAAGACGACGAUGACUUCGACAUACGGUCCAAAGAUGUUGAGCUCUGCAUUGUUUGUGGGGAAUUUGGUUUCAAUGAACUUUGGUUCAGAUGCAAACUGUGUGGGAAAUGGGCACACUCCGAAUGUAGUGGCGCUGAUUCUGCAGACAAUUAUGUGUGUGAUUUUUGCCAGGGUUAA